AAGUGUUCUAUGUCGCGAAGCGUCGGAUAAUUUGCCACAGUGAGAAGCGAUUGCCAUGACGUACGUGAGCGGGGGCGACGUAGUGGCCAAGCGCUCGCCGUGGCGUCUGUCCAUCGUGACCGACAUGUUCUGGGGCGUCGUUAACUUCGUAGGACUCUUCGUGACAUCGAUCUUCUCGGAUCCAUCGACUGCUACACGUCCUAACAGCAACAUCAGCCAAGGAUCGACUUCAAACCGCGGCAUAGGCGGCAAUGGACGCGGAGGGCCGCGUCGAAUGGGAGGAAUUAACCAUCGCGGCACCAUCAACCAGCCAAUGGGCGGAGGAUGCUGUGGCUAAAACUGUCAAAGUUUGUAAGCCAAGCAACUUCUCUUCGAUAUCCUGCAUAAAGCAGCAUAAUGAAUGCAAGUAUACAAACUGUCACAGGUUUGGCUACAUGCAGCAUAUAUUAUGUGAUCUAUGAAGAG